CAAACGAAAAAUUUUAUGCAAUUUUAUGUCAUUCCCCCGUAACAUGACUAAAUUUGAAAUUUUGCCUCGAAUUUUGUAAUAUCAACUCUAUCUGCUUUAAACUAAUUUCAUUGGAAAUAUAAAAUGUAACAUAAGGAAAACAGAUCAGCCAUUAAAAAUUUUUUAACAUGUUCUUCAGAAAUGUUUGGGCUGCUGCGGAGUUGACAAAUAGUUGCAAGUCAAUAUUGUUGAACCAAUGUCGCAGCUCACGGGGCCAAGUUCAUCUACAGUGUCGGACUGCAUUUCAAAACACACGGCGCGGUGGACGGCGAGUCACGAAAUCAGACCCCCUUGAACAUUUACAUAUAGAGUCUGGACCUCUCAAUGCUAAAGGAUUGGUUAAACCACUCCUUUUUGCAGUAGGAGUAUCUACAGUUAGUCUGGCGGGUUGUGUUAUUUGGGAAUAUGAAAAUCUAAGAGUCCACACAUCAACAUUAUUCAGGAAACCAGGGACUUGGUUAAGUGCACAACAGAAAAAAGUUACAACACACUUUAAAAAUGAACCAGGACCUAUAAAGAAAUGGUGGAACUCCUUAAAACAAAGUGAAAAAGUGUUUUAUCCAAUUUUGGCUGCAAAUGUCUUGGUAUUUGGAGCUUGGCGAGUGAGGGCUCUACAACCAAUGAUGGUUAAAUACUUCUGUUCAAAUCCCUCAGGUAGUGCAAUAUGUCUACCAAUGCUGCUGUCCACAUUUAGUCACUAUUCAGCUUUCCAUUUAGCAGCUAAUAUGUAUGUCUUAUAUAGUUUUAUGCCAGCUGCCGUAGCAUCAUUAGGCAAGGAACAAUUUGUGGCCAUGUAUCUCAGUGCUGGUGUCAUAAGCAGUUUUGCCAGCUUUAUGUACAAGGUCGCAUUUAACCAGCCUGGCCUCAGUCUCGGUGCUUCGGGAGCAAUCAUGUCGGUGCUGUCGUAUGUUUGCGUGCAGUACCCAGACACCAGGCUUAGCAUAAUUUUCUUGCCUAUGUAUACAUUUGCCGCUGGCACGGCUAUAAAAGCGAUUAUGGGCGUGGACUUAGCUGGAGUUCUAUUGGGAUGGAAAUUUUUUGACCAUGCUGCACAUCUUGGUGGUGCUUUAUUUGGAAUCGCAUGGUGCUAUUGGGGCGGCUCACACAUAUGGGCGAACCGGGACAAAUUCGUGCAGUAUUACCACGCCCUGAGGAAAAGUGACACUGGAAGAUAGGGAACACUUCAAGAACACUCUAAAUAUUAUUUUAUGUGGAAAUCAGCAGAAUUAAUAAAACAUCCCAAAAACAUUGACAGAUUGAAAAGCAAAUUCGAAACUAUAUAAAAACCUAUGUAGUCAAAAUUAGUCACGAC